AUGACAUUAUUGUGUACACUGACUGGCAGUGAAAGUGAGCAAGAAUGGGUGGAAAAGUCAAUACCUCGGUCUGCGUUUACGAAUCAAAGUAUACCUACUGUAUCAACAGAAAAAGCAGAAUUUUGUAAAAGAGAAGAUUGGAUGAAUGUGAAAAAUAUAUUUCCUUGCGUAUUUAAUGAUAAAAAAUCAUCUGUUGACUUGGAUAAACAUACUGAUAAGUCCAAUUUAGAUAAAUUAGGUCAAAGCGACAAAGAAUUAAAUCUAUAUUGGAAGAAUGGAGGUAAUGGUUUACCUAGUAUGGACAGAACAAGAACAGAUAGGAAUCGAACAAUGGAUGUAAAUUGGCUUAAAAAAAGUCUCAAGCGAGCACAAGAACAAGCGGAAAAUGAAGGAAGAAGUUUAGAAGAAAUUGCAGCUGAAAGAUGGGGUUCUUUAGAAGUUAUUCAAUCAAUGAUAUUCAAAGCAGAAAAAGUAUCAAUGAAAAAGAGAUUAGAAGAAAAUGCAAAACAAUGUUCGGGUUAUGCUAUGAAGCCAAAGAGAAAUUAUCACAGAUCUAGAUCCAGAAGUUGUGACAGAAGGGAACAGCAUGUAAUGUGGGAUGAUAUGCACUAUGAAAAACAAUUUAAGCAGGCAUAUAAAAAACCGAUGGAUGACAAUUGCUCUGUUAGCACUUCUUAUAAAAUACAUCAUUCAACUACAAAAAGAUGGCAGAAGGGGAAAAUAUCGGAUAAAACUGAAGAAAAUCGAUUAAACGCUUCUGAUUUAAAGACUAUCGGUGUUCCGUGCAGCAGCAGUGCAGAUAAAAUAGUUAACAAAGAAAUGAAAACUUUCACAGAAGAAGAACUAAAUAAGUUAGGGGCAAAAAUUGUUAAAGCUGAAAUAAUGGGUAAUACUGAACUUGCUGCUGAAUUAAAAAUUCAGUUAAAGAAAGCUAGAGAACUUGUAGCAAACACCAUGCAGUCAAAUGAAUCUGAUGAACUCCAUAAUGUAAUCCUUGCAAGAACUGAUAACAAAGGUAUUACAAGACCAUUAGAAUCUAGAGGUCAAUCUAUAGAAUGGGCAGGAAAUUCAAAACAGAAAAAUGCAACAACGCACGUUGCGGGUAAAAGAGUGCUGCAUUAUUUUGAUGACGAUAAAUAUUCGUUACAGCAAUUAUUUCAACGUGAAAAGGGAAGACCCACAAAUGAAGAUGACGCUCAAUUUGUUAAAGUUGCUUCUAGGAAUAUGAACAUGGACGAAAUAUUUGAAGAACAGAUUAUACGUGUUCAGUCAGAUGCCAAACAAGAUGAGAAAGAUCGCUCACGCGCUAUCAAGGAGCAUAAACAAUUAUCAAAAAGUUUGGGUAGUUGUCACUGGUGUAUUGAGUCGAAAUACAUGUUGAAACAUAUGAUUGUUGCAAUGGAUUCUGAUAUCUGUUUGAGUCUUCCGGCUUGUACUUCUUUAACUGAUGGACAUUGUAUAAUAACACCUGUACAACAUGUUACUUGUCAAUUACAAUUAGAUGAAGAUAUUUGGGAAAAGCUGAAGGCAUUUAAACAAACUUUACAUAAAAUGUUUGUGGAUCAAAAUAAGUAUCCAGUGUUUUAUGAAAGUUACAAAAGUCGUCACAAGUUUUUACAUAUGCAAUUAGAAUGUGUUCCAUUACCAAAAGAAAUCGGUGAAUUGGUUCCGAUGUACUUCAAGAAAGCAUUACUAGAGUGUGAAACUGAAUGGUCUAUGAAUAAAAAGGUUAUCGAUCUUGAACAUAAAGAUAUACGUCAUGCCAUUCCAAAUGGUUUAUCUUAUUUUGUGGUUGAAUUUGAAACGAAUAAAGGAUAUGCGCAUGUUAUAGAAGAUGAACACAUGUUUCCAAAAAGUUUUGCAGAGGAAAUUAUUGGUGGAAUGUUGGAUCUAGAUCAUGAUGUAUGGCGUAAGCGUAAGAGAGAAAAUUUUGACCAGCAACGAGAAAAAGUAUUAAAAUUCUUGGACAUAUGGAAAAAAUAUGAUUCUCCAACUACAAUUUGUACUUAAUUUAAAAAGUUAAUUUUAAAAAAUUGUACAUAGAUGUAUAAUUUUGAACGA